GGGCUGCUGGUGGCGCGCGGGAAGCUGCACGUCCUGCUCUUUAAGGAGGAGGCUGAAAUUCCAGCCAGAGCUUUCCAGAAGGCGCCUGAACCUUUGGGUCCGGCGGACCAGUCAGAGCUGGGCCCGGAGCAGCCGGAGGUCGAAGUUGGAGAGAGCUCAGACGAGGAGCCAGUGGAGUCUCGGGCCCGGCGGCUGCGGCGCACCGGUUUGCAGAAGGUGCAAAACCUGCGAAGGGCUCUUUCGGGCCGGAAAGGCCCCACAGCUCCCCCGCCCACUCCCGUCAAGCCGCCUCGCCUAGGUCCUGGCAGGAGCCGAGAGGGCCAGCCAGAAGCCCAGCCUGCGCCGGAGUCGGCGGCCCAGCCAGAGCCUCCACAGGACCCAGAGGAAGAUCCCGGGAGAACCGAGCCUGCGGAAGCAGCCCCACUGCAAACAGAGAGUGCAGCCUGAGAGCCAGCGCUGCCGCCUGCCUGUCCCUAUGCCUUGUCCCAAAAUAAAUUCUUUUCGGAAGGCAACAUUCACGCCCUAAUAAGGAGCAAAUGCUGCACACACUGCCCAUCUCUGCCCUCCCUGGCUUUUUCAGCGUGUGUGCUCUGACGGGGCAGCAGCUCGCACCUACUUGGCUUCCCAUCAAUAAAGUAAUUUUGUC